CGCCCCCGGUACGACAACGGGCGUCCAGAGGUGUCUGUCCUCUGUUCCAUGGGGGAUGGUUCUAUAAGAAAGAGACCUGUGUCCCCUGGUGAGGGAGGCUGCCUGUGGUAGUAAGGUAUGAUGAAGGGCUCCGAAGUGUAACGCGGUAGAGGGUACAGUAGCCGAGGCCGGGACGGAGCGGGUCGAGCGUGCUGCGCAGAGGUGCAGCUUGAGCUUCCAGCCUCUGAGCCCCCAUCGGGUCUGUGAAGAUCACUGUUAAGAAGAAUUCCAGACACAAUGAUAAACACAGCGUGCAUGAAGACGGCUCGGAUCCUGACACUACAUCUAACAAAUGCUUCCUUGAUUCCUCCUGCGGUAAAAAUACUUCCAGAUCCUGGAUCUAGGAUGAUAUCAACCAAUAAGUCCAAGAAGCUCAGAGAAUAUUACAGGCUGCUGAAUCUAGAGGAAGGAUGCUCUGUAGACGACGUCAGGGACUCUUUUCAUAAGCUUGCCAAGCAGUACCAUCCAGACAGUGGCUCUACUGAUGCUGAUUCUGCAACAUUUAUAAAGAUUGAAGAGGCUUACAGGAAUGUGCUGUCCCAUGUGAUAAAACAGAUGCAAGCCAGACAGAGUAAAGCUGAAGACGCAGAAGAAGAAGAAAAAUCCAAAUAUAAUACACCUCAGCACCGACAUUACUUAAGCUUCGAAGGUGUUGGCUUUGGGACUCCAAGUCAGCGAGAGAAACAGUACAGACAGUUUAGGGCGGACCGCGCGACGGAGCAGGUGAUGGAGUAUCAAAGGCAGAAGCUUCAGAGGGAGUACUUCACCAAUAGCAUAACUGUCAAAGACGUCAGGCAGAGCAAAGAACAGAAGAUAACUCAAGCCAUAGAGCGGCUGGUGGAGGACCUCAUUCAGGAAUCCAUGGCAAAAGGAGACUUUGACAAUCUCAGCGGGAAAGGGAAACCUCUGAAGAAGUUCUCUGGCUGCUCAUAUAUUGAUCCCAUGACUCACAACCUAAACCGAAUAUUGAUAGAUAAUGGGUACCAACCAGAGUGGAUUCUGAUGCAGAAGGAAAUUAAGGAUACCAUCGAGCAACUCCGAGAAGCACUUUUAGUGUCUAGGAAGAAGCUUGGGAACCCUCUGUCACCAGGAGAACAGAAACAGUGGGCCCAAGUGUGUGAGCAGUUUCAAGAAAACAUACGAAAGCUAAACAAGCGAAUUAGUGAUUUCAACUUGAUUGUUCCCAUUCUAACCAGGCAGAAAGUCCAUUUUGAUGCACAGAAAGAAAUCAUCAGAGUACAAGAAAUGUACAGAGCCUUCAUAGAAGCAAGAGAAGUCACAGAAGCAAAACAAACUGACAUUAGCCAGGGAGAAGAGAAAGCACCCAGAGUCAAGACAGGCUUUCUAAACUGGCUGAAUCUGUGGAAAUUUAUUAAAAUAUGACUGUUUUGACAUUCACGAUCA